AGCGCUUUCGCAGGCGCUUGGUGUGGUUGUGUUUGCGUUAAAUUUGCAAAAUAAUUUACGAAUCGUGCGUAAAAUCGCGUGUGAAUUCGUUUGAAAUGUCGCAGAAUUCGUCUGCCGGCAAACGAAACUCCUCCAUACAGCUGAGAGAACGCAAACAGAAGAAACUUUAUUCGGAGGAUUGGGCGCUAGGAGAUGACGAAAUCGAGGGCCGGAGAUCUUUCAAUCUCCAGGAAAAACUGGAAAAUCCGCUUUUCGCCACGCAUAAUAUCGUCAAGGAAAUGCACGGGAAUGAACUGAAUGUGGCGUAUUUUCAGAAACAUGGGUUCAAUACGCCCCUGUUGUUCAAAGAGAAGACCGGAUUGGGCUUGCGCGUCCCGACGUCGAACUUCACUAUCAACGACGUCCGCAUGUGCGUCGGUUCGCGUCGCAUCCUCGACGUAAUGGACGUCAACACGCAAAAAAACAGCGAAAUGACAAUGAAAGAAUGGCAAAAGUACUACGAAGACCCCGCCAAAGACAAACUCCUCAACGUCAUCUCCCUCGAAUUCUCCCACACAAAACUCGAGAACUACGUCCAGAGUCCAACAGUGGUUCGUCAAGUCGACUGGGUGGACUGCGUAUGGCCUCGCCACCUCAAAGAAAGCCAAACCGAGGCCACCAACCUCCUCGAAGACAUGAAAUACCCCAAAGUCCAAAAGUACUGCCUCAUGUCGGUCAAGGGCUGCUACACGGACUUCCACGUCGAUUUCGGUGGUACCUCCGUGUGGUACCACAUCCUCAAAGGUUCCAAAGUCUUCUGGCUCAUCCCUCCCACCGAACACAAUCUUGCUUUGUACGAACGGUGGGUGCUUUCGGGUAAACAAUCGGAUAUUUUUUUCGGGGAUACGGUGGAUAAGUGCGCGAGGAUUACCCUCACGGAGGGUAACACGUUUUUCAUACCCACGGGGUGGAUACAUGCGGUUUAUACCCCGAUGGAUUCGUUGGUUUUCGGCGGGAAUUUUUUACAUUCGUAUGGAAUUGAUAAACAGUUGAAGAUCGCCCAUGUUGAGGAUACCACCAAAGUGCCGCAAAAGUUCCGAUAUCCAUUUUUUACCGAAAUGUUAUGGUAUGUGCUGGAACGGUAUGUCCAUUGUCUUCUAGGGAAUUCACAUCUGACGACGGGACACGAUGUGGCGAUUCCGCCCGAUCGGCCACAUGUGCAUCUGACACAAGCGGAGUUGCACGGACUCAAGGAAAUCGUCAUGUUUUUGCACAUGCUCCCCGCCAACAAGAAGAACGUCCCCGAUCUGAUCCGCGAUCCCGUUUCGCUAAUCCAGGACGUGCGCACCCUCAUCGGCCAUCACCGUCAGGACAGUCGCGAGCUCGCCAUCACCGGUCGCCCCAUUCUCUGGCUGCCCGAGGACCACGAGCGUCGAUCCCUCUACCCGCGUCCGUACGCAAAAUCGAACGGCGUCCGCGCCCCCAAACCGGCGUUCAAAUCGAAAUCGGGCCUGGGGGCCGACAAAGGGGGCCCGCGACGGCGACGCACCCGUUGCAAGAAAUGCGAAGCGUGUCAGAGGAGCGAUUGCGGCGAGUGCAGUUUCUGUUUGGAUAUGGUGAAGUUCGGGGGCCCUGGAAGGGCCAAACAGACGUGCAAUAUGCGACAGUGUCUACAGCCGAUGCUGCCGGUGACCGCCGCUUGUGUGCAUUGUGGACUCGAUGGGUGGAAUCAGACGCCGGUGACGCCGCUGCAAAAGGGGCCCCAGCGGUGCGAGAGUGCCAGCAAUCUGAUGGAGUGCUCGGUUUGCUACGAGAUCGCGCACCCCUCAUGCGUGCAACGCCUCUGUCCCGACUUCACCGGCUACAUCAACGAAGACAUGCCCAACUCAUGGGAGUGCCCCAUGUGCUGCAAACUGGGCAAAAACACCGACUACCGCCCUCGUCAUUUCCGCGCCCGUCAGAAAUCCAGCGACAUGCGUCGAAUGUCGAUAAGUUCGGACGCAUCGAGCGCAUUCGACGCCAAACUCCACCAGGAGCACUACUCGGACUCGGGUAGCGAAAACGACAAUAAAGACAACAAGGACCUCCUCCCGAUCAAGAAGCGUCGAAGCAGCGAGGGGGCCGUGGAAAUCGAAACGAGCAAAACCCAAACGAACGAUCUCCCUCGCAAAACGGCGUUUCGCAUGCAACUCGCCCACCAAAUCGCGAGCAAUUCGACGAAGUUGUUGAAAAAACCCAUGGUGGUGGUGCGGCCGGCCCCCAUCUUGAUGAUGAAUCCCCUCCCCACGAAUAAUCUAGCGCUUGAUAAGCGCUGCAUUUUGAACGUUUUCAAGUAUUUGAGUCCGAAGGACUUGUUGAGUUGUGCGUUGGUGUGCAAGACUUGGGCCACUUAUUCCAUCGAUCCGGUGUUGUGGCGGGUGAUGGCCUUCAACCGGAAACACAUCUCGUCCGAUAUCCUCAAAGGGGUGGUCCGGAGGCAACCGGAAGUGCUCAGACUCGACUGGUGUCACAUCAACAAGUUCCAACUCCCGUGGCUCAUCCAAAGACUCAGUAAUCUCAAAGAGUUGACUCUUGUGAGUGUCAAUGUGAAAACGGCCAUCUCAUUGCGUACAAACCACUCAGCGGUGUUGCAACACUUGGAUCUCAGUUUCAUCUCGGAUUUCAACGAUGCGGCCUUGAGGGAGAUCCUGGGGCCUAAUAACGACUCCCGCCGCGGUUUGGCCGACGAGAAGAUCAGGUUUCGCAAUUUGCGGACGCUUAAGCUUGCAGGGACCGAUGUUACCGACAUUGCGAUGCGGUAUGUGACUCAGUAUUUGCCCAACUUGCAGCAUCUCAGUCUGAGUCUGUGUCCGAGGAUCAGCGAUGCGGGGAUUGCGCAGUUGACGACCAAGCCGGCGAAUACGGUCGCCAGUUUGGUCACGCUCGAUCUGAGUCACUCGAAGUUGGUCACUGAGACCAGUUUGGAACAUUUGGCCAAGUGUGAGAGUUUAGUGAGGUUGGAUUGCAGACAUUCGUUGCAGAUUUCGACACAAGCGCUGAUUAAGUUCGCCGCGAAAAGUGAUAAGAAUUUGCAAGUGAGGGAUAUUAAGCUGGUUGAUAAGAGAUUGAAGGCGUGACUGAUACGUAAUUUAUUUCAAUAGGGCUUGAUGUGUGACAUUUGUGGAUGUGUAUAUAGUAUUAUUCUUUGAUAUAAGGCAUUUGUAUAAGUGGCGAGAAAAUACAAUUUUUAUAUUUU